GAGUACACAUCGUACAUCAUGAAUGCUGUUUGUGUUUUGAAAGUUGCACUGGUAAUGAGUUGUUUUGUUCAUAAGAUUAUUUCUGGAUCGUGUACUCCAAAACUUGAAAAGUCCCUUUUAGAAGACCUUCGUAGUAUGACGAUGAAAAUAAAAAGAGGAACCGAGGAAGGUAUGAAUCAACCCGACGAAAAAUUUUCAGCCUUUGCAGCUUCUUUAACUGCAUCAAAAACUUUAGGAGCCGGCGAAAUAAUAAAGUUUAACAAAGUUUGGACGAACAUAGAUGAUGAUUACAAUCCAAUGACUGGCAUAUACACUGCUCCGAAACGAGGGGUCUACUAUUUUUCGUCCUCUGUCAUGUCACAAUACGAUAAAACUCUUCGUGUUUUUCUAUGUAAAAAUAACCGUCGGAUAGUAGCUGUUUUCACUGGUUAUUCUGAUACUAACAUGGCAACUCUAAAUAUGGUAUUAGAGCUAAAGAAAGGUGACACAGUAUACAUCAAGCAAGAUGGACCGCAGAAAUACAUCUACAGCGAAUCUCAAAGCAACUACAAUAUGUUUUCUGGAUAUCUUAUUAGAUGAAUUACGUGCAUAUGAGAAACU